UCGCGCAAGUGAAUUACCGUCGCGACGUUCCUUCGAAAAUAUUAACGUACACCGUCUCUAUACCACGGGAAAUUAUUUGUUUCCACGAAUUUUCGAGGAACCACGAAUAUACUACUCGUGCACGCGUAAAUUCAUCGGGAACGUCGUUUCUACGGACGUUCAGAAAGAAGUUAUCGCGUACGACCUCGUCCAGUAGCUCGUCCGGGGUCACGGUGCGUGCUACAAGUGAUAAACCGCUUAAUCACGUUUCUCCCGAAUACGUAAAUGCUUCACGGAACAUCAGGAAGUUGCAAUUCACGAAUGACACCACACUUUUCACGCAUAAAACCGUGAGGGAGCGUAACUCCGCGCGAGAACGCGUCUCGCGAAUCGUUCGAUAGAUCACGUUCCGACGUUUAAUCGUAUUUCCAACAGGCUACACUUGAAAGCGUGGAUUUUAAUCGAUCGUAGGAGAGACGCUUUUAGAUCCGUACCAAAAGGAAACGGCACUGUCCACACGCGGCACUCGACUCGCGGUGAUCUCUCGGUGGAUACAGUGGCGAAGAGACCGGCGAGGAGAAGAGGAGAGAUAAGUAGUCACUUCUCGAUUAGUGGUCCGUCAGAGCUUCGACGGUCUUUCUCGAGACGAAGAGGACAGCGUAGUCAUGUGGAUUUCACGGAUCGGUACCGUACUUCUGUUUCUCCUCGUGAUUCUCUUCUCGACGUCUUCGGAAUGCGCGAGCAAUUCCACCGCGCCGAGGAGCAAGUUCAACAUAUUGGCGAUCUUUGCUCAUCCGGGGAAAAGUCAUUUCGACGUGUUCAAGCCUCUGUUGGAGGAGUUGGCUCGAAGAGGUCACGAUUUAACCGUGAUCUCGCAUUUCCCUCGAUCGCAGAAGGCUAACGCCGCCGAACCUUUGCCUACCUACAAGGAUGUCAGCCUGUACAACGAGAAAAAUGGAAUACUCGUGAACGUGGUCGAUCUACACAUGAUCGUCGAUUCGUUCUACAAGAUCAUCCGGGAUCUAGUGAUGCUGCACUACAUGUCCGGCAAAUCCUGCGAAACAUGCCUGAGCGAUCCUACUGUUAAAGAAUUUAUCGACUCGAAACCGAAGUUCGACGUAAUUCUCGUGGAGAGUUUCAAUACUAACUGUUUCAUGACGCUUGUUCACAAGUUGAACGCACCUUUCAUCCAAAUAUCCACUCACCAAUUGAUGCCGUGGGCUAUAGACGAUUUCGGACUUUCUCAGGAGACCAGCUACAUACCUGCUAUGUUUACCCGACUCCCAAGGCCGAUGAACUUCCUCGAGAGGACGUUGAACACGAUAACAGCCAGCUUCUUGUCGCUUGUCUUCCACACGAUCUACGAAUGGCGCGAUCACGCUUUAGCCGAGAAAUAUUACGGUCAAGGUAUACCGAAUCUGCAAACUGUCAGUAACAACGCCUCGUUGAUGAUGGUUAACACGCAUUACACCAUCCACGGAUCGAUACUCUAUCCACCGAACGUUAUCGAAGUCGGCGGGCUUCAUAUCCCGCCGAAAGUGAAGCCUCUGCCGAAGGAGAUCGCCAAGUUCUUGGACGAUGCACGCGAGGGUGUUUUGUACUUCAAUCUUGGCUCGAUGGUCAAAAUGGCCACGGUGCCGAAGGAUAAGUUGGAGAUAUUGUUGAAAGUGCUCGGUUCUAUCCCCAGGAAAGUGAUUUGGAAGUGGGAGACCGACGAUAUGCCGAAUAUACCCGGGAACGUUCUCGUGCAGAAAUGGCUACCGCAGUACGACGUGCUGAAUCACCCGAAUGUUAAGUGCUACUUUGGCCACGGCGGUCUUCUAGGAUUGACCGAGGGUGUUUAUACGGGAGUACCGAUGGUACUGAUGCCUUUGUACGGUGAUCAAUAUCAGAACUCGAUCGCUGCUCAAGCUAGAGGCGUUGCUUUGGUGGUGAAAUUCAGCCAGCUUACUGAACAGACCUUGAGGCACGCUUUCGACGAGAUAUUCAAUAAUACCAGGUACCGCGAGAACGCGAAGAAGCUCGCGAAGGCGUUCAAAGACCGCCCGAGCACCCCCAUGGAGACAGCAGUAUGGUGGACAGAGUACGUCGGUCGAGGCCACGGUGUCCCGUACAUUCGAAGCGAACGUGCGAACUUGUCCUGGUUUCAGCGCAAUCUCAUCGACGUCGGCGCGUUUUUGGUAGCCGUUUUUUUGCUCGUUCUCUACCUAUCCUACAGAGUCUUCAAACGUCUGACUAGCCGGAAGAACACGGGCAGCAAGAAGAAACGAGAUUGACGAGACAGCGAGUAUGAAAAAUUCCUAA